UUACCCUAACUGGCAUUAUGUAGAGACAAAGGGCAUCUUCUUGUUAUCUGUUACGUUUAGUCAUUUUCAAGUGUUUUUCAGUUAUGGGGUGGUCGAUUAUGCUUACGAACAGUAGCUGUUGUUGUUUAACAUUGAAUCCGUAUGGUACAGAUCUGAGUAUUCAACCGCCUCAUGGUAUCGAUUCAGGUCUCGGUCAAAAGAGUGAAAUUUUCUCGUGUGCGAUUCGUGUGUCGACGGCAGCAGCCAUUGUUGUCAUAGACUCUGCUAAGGAGGCAAGGUUGUCCUUGGCUUUUCUUUUGUUCAAUUUGGUCUCUGAAUUUGACCCGACAGGGCAUAAGAAACAACUCUACCGUCCAACAGUUUUUUGAAAACGAAUGCCUACACGUGGAUUGAAUGGAUUCUUUUGGUGGUAAACUAUAUAAAAAAUAAAAUAAAAUAAAUAAAUAGGCACGUGCCGUUGAUUUCUUUCUCCCAGGUCGGCGUGCUCAUCUCCUCCACGGGCAGUAAGUAUCAAAUAUAUAUAAUGGGAGGCUAUUAUAAUUGGAGAGAAAGAUCAUGCAGUCCACUAUUUUUUUUUAUAAUUUUUUUUCUCUUUUUCAUCACAUCAAUUUCAUAUGCAUCUUUUCAAUGGCUGAAAAGAGUUGGACUUGCAGGGGAGUCUUGUUAAGUGUAAUCUAGCCUUCCAAUUGACCAUUGACAUUGUGAUGGACUUGUGGAGAGCUUUGAUCUCUCCCUCUCUCUUUCACGGCCAUUUAAUGGCUCAUCAUUAUCUUUUUCAUGUGGAUACUGCUUUUAUAUAUGCCACGUGUGUGUGACAUAGGGGACACGUUAGUUUCUUUCGAAAUGUUUAACGGAAUAAGUUUAAAAAGGUAUUAUUACUAAACGUGCCGUAUGCAUCCAUGUACAAAACGCAUAAGGAACGAACGAAGUUUUGGGCUGACCUAUUUGCCUGCAUUACAUUUUAUUUAGGCUAAUAAGUGUGACAAUGUAUAUGAUUUUUUUGAAAAAUGUAGGACAUCUCACUUCAACGUUUAGUCUGUAUUCGAUGCUUUCUUACGUUUGGCGAAAUCUUGUUAAUGUUUGUGCGACGCUGUACGCCCCAGAAAUAGGUUGCACUUCUCUUAUGCAUACCAGCUCACCUUGACCAAUUAUCGAAGUUUGGUUUUUUUUUUACGUUCACCAAAGGGCAAGGUGAAUUGACAUUCAUUUGAACCCAAGUUCAUGUAAACUCAAUAUUAUUCGUCCUUGAUGAUCAGUUCAUUCGUGUCCAACUUGUUAUACGUGAUCAGCAUCACAAGUUUGCCAACAUAUCCGUUUGCAAUUAGCAUAACUUUUGCAGGGCUAUGCUUCGUUAUUCGUUCCCACUAGUCUGCGUUUAUCCAUUUAUUGGUAACAAGUGAUGACCUUGGGUAUGGGAAAAUCGCCAGUUGUCUAAUGUUUCCAUCCCGAUUCUUAGUUGCUUAUACGGAAAAAAAGAUGGCUUGUCAUGUGUAAACAUUUCUUAAUUGAAUGCAUUUUUAUAACAGGAGUUGUUACUGAUACAAGUAGACGUUAUGUAGGCCAAAACGUCUAUUCUUUUUGUGGUGAUUCGCGAUUGUGCGUCCCACUGCGCAUGUCCGUAUAUUGUCGGCCGCUAUAAAAAGGAGGGCACGAAGAGAUUUCAGGAUCAAACGUCGCAGCAUUCACUCAAGAUUAGUUCACGCUUUUCGUUCAAUUUCGUAUUUUCAUCAAAAAAAUGAAGGAAUCUUUAGGCAACGUCAAAUCGUCAAUAAGAACCACCAGUGGCCGACUGUGCAUUACUGUCCUUGGGUCUUCAGCCGUUGGGAAAACAGCUCUGACAGUGCAAUACCUGACAAGUCGUUUUAUCGGUGAUUAUUAUUCCGGCACGGACAUGACUUAUCAUCAUUCUUUCCCCUACAUGGGCGGAUCGCUUAAAACAAAUGUCGAUAUUCUUGAUAUUUCUCGACCCCAUGACAACGAUGUGCAAGAGGAAGACGAAAUGCUAUUGUCACUGGACACCGAAAAAUGCAACGCCUUCCUUGUCGUCUAUUCGCUAACAAACUCCAAAUCUUUCGAUAGAGCACGUCAAAUCCUUUCCCGAUUGCCGUUCAAUUCGCCAAAAUAUUUAGUGGCCAAUCAGUUGGAUUUACAACACAGACGACAGGUAACACGUGUAGAAGGCCAAGCUGUUGCUGACGAAUUUGGUUGUCCAUUUGAUGAGUUUUCGGCUGCUGAAUCAUUCUACAAAGACUAUCCUACUCAAAAUCAGUGCGGAGUGAAAAUUGUUUUUCAAAAGUUGAUCCGCCAAUUGAUAUCCAGUUCGCACAUCCUGCCCUAUCCGAGAAUGAUAAGAUUCUCGGCCUUUUCGAAAAUCCUCGGCGCCUUGGUGACUAAAACUCGUCACGCCGCGAACAACAACAACAACAAAGUCCAGAAAAGUCUUUCCAAUACUAGGAAAACUUCUUUGUCAUCUUGCAGCGAUAGAAGCAGCAAUUCUAGUGGAAAUAACAGCAUCGGAAGUGUUGAUUCCAUUGCUGUUUUAACACCUGAAAUGAGUUUGUUGCAUAUCGGCAGCAACAGCAGCCACUUACUGUACGGAGUCAAAUCGAAACCCAUUUCUAUUGCCCGCCUAAAGAGUUCGAUAAAUUAUCCAUCAAGUCAGAACGCGUCCAUAUAACGAUUUUUAAAAAAUCGAUCCUCACCUUAAAAUGUACAGUUUUCGUAUUUUUAUACAGACUAUUUAUAAACCAAAUACAAGUUUAUUCUGAAUAUUA